GGCCGCCGCGAGCACCGGGCGGGCUCGUGUCCCGGCCCCGGUAACGGUCGCUUCUCGACGUCUCUUGUCCGAAGGAGCAGCACGCAGGGUGCCGGCGGAGCCUGCGCCUUCGCCCUUAGUGUGCCAAAGACCAAAACGCUUCAGAGUGUAUUUCCUCCAUGAAACACAGUCAUGACAGAGCAGGAGUAUGUUCUUUGCCAGUGGAAGAGCCAGCUAUGGCCAGCAAAGAUUUUGGCGAAGACUGGAGUUCCUGGAAAACCGUCUGUAACUAAUGAAAAGGAAACUUCUUUUAAAGUUGAAAUAAUUGGCUUGGAAGAACAGAUCAGUGUCAGCUGUGCAAAUACUGAGCCACUGAAGGAAGAACGUAUACAAAGCAUUGCCUCUAAGUUAGCAGAUGAGGGGAGGAAUUUUAGUGAGGCUGUAGAAGAACUGAAAUAUCGCCGUUCUCUAAAAAUCGCCUUAGAUAUUCUGAAUCAAAAUGACUUGGCCAGGCAAGUACCACCCUUGGAAGAGGAACCAAGUGCACAAUUAUCCCAGAAGCACAGUACAAGAUCUCGCUCAUCUACCCCCGUAACUACUCGUCAGUCACUCGUAACUAAAGAGUUGGAGUCUCAGACUCCCAAGAAGAAAAGACAACUGAAAAACAGCCCCAACCUGAAAACGGAUAUAAAAAAACGAAAGUUGAUGCAUUCUUUUGUUUUGGAAGAGAGUGCUAAAGCACAUGAAGGUAGAACAAGUCCUUUGGAAUAUAGGACUAGCAACUUGGGAAAUGUAUCAGAUUCGGAGAGUGUAAAAAGGACAGAGUCAAAGCCACAAACAAAGCAGAAAAACAUCAAGCCCGGGCAGCUGCCAAAGUCCCAGACUAAAAGUAAAUCCUCCCUCAAGACAAAGGAGGAGAAAAGUAAGCAAGAAAGUAAAAGGCCAAGAGGUGCAGGAUCCCCACUAUCACGUAUUAAAAACUUCCUGAAAGAACAAGUGUACCCCCUUACUGAAGAACGUAAUCCUGUGCCUGUGUCCUGCGAGUCCAGCACAGCAGGGCCUGUCAGACGAAGGGCAAACACCAAAGGUCAGCCUAGAAGGACAGUGUGGGAUUCUUGUGAAUGUGCCCAGGACGACUUGGAGAGCCGUAUCAGUAACGAGAGUGAAAAUCUAGCAAAGAAACUAGAUGGAAGGAAAAAAACAGUGAAUUUAAAACAGAGAAGACAGGAGAUGGGGGUGAGUCCGUCUUGCAGGAAAAGGAAAAGCAGAAAUGGCCCUGAGUCUUCACCUGGGUCUUCAAACUGCGGAAAUCUUUCUGAUAGUUUCCGGCCUAAGCUUACAGAGGAGGAAAACAAGAAUACUUCACACAUACUUAGGAAUAAAGUAAAGGACUUCCAGCUGCCUGACUUUGAGGAAGAUGAAGGGUUGGAAUCUUCUGAUAUGUCUUCAAAGAUAGGUUCCCCAGAGAAUCUCUCUCUCCUCUCCACUCUGGUAGAUGAGGAUGAGGAGGAAGAUGAAGAACUUCCUAGUAUUCUAUCUCAUCAAGAGCCACAGUCAAUUGAAGAAGGGAUUUUGGUCUGGUGCAAAUUACGAAGAUACCCAUACUGGCCAGCAGUGGUGAAAAAAGUGAAGCGGAAACACAGGAAGGCAAAUGUGCUGUUGAUAGAAGGGAAUACAAAUGACAAGACAAAGGGUUUUUCAGUGCCUCUUAGGAAUCUCAAGCACUUUGACUGUGAAGAAAAGCAGGACUUAAUAGAUCGAGCCAAAGAAGCUUACAGCCGAGAAAUCGAGUGGUGCAUUCGAUUGAUUUCUGACUAUCGGAUUAGAGUAGGUUGUCAUUCUUUUACGGGAUCCUUCUUGGAAUAUUUUGCUGAUGAUAUCAGCUAUCCAGUUAGAAAGGAAGGUAUUCAGGGUUUAGUCCAAAUGCCCUUUUCAUAUGUAGCAGAAGAGCUUGAAGAAUCUUCACCAGAAACUUCACCUAGCAAGCCCUCCAAGAAACUGCUUCCUGAUAGAACAAGGGCUGCUAGAGACAAGGCUAAUGAAAAAAUAGUGGAGUUUAUAGUGAAGAGCAAGGGAGCAGAAGAGCAUCUCCUGGCUAUCUUGAAAAGCAGAAAGCAGUCCCGAUGGCUGAAAGAAUUCUUGAAUUCCAGUCAGUACGUGACCUGUGUUGAAACUUAUUUAGAGGAUGAAAAGCAAUUAGAUCUUGUAGUAAACUACUUGAAGCAAGUGUAUCAUGAAAUAGACACCAGAAAUCUGCAUCGAAUAAAUGGAGAUGGAAUAAAGUUUAUUUCGGAUGUCCUUUUGCCUGAAGCCAUCAUUUAUGCAAUUUCUGCUGUGGAUGACAUAGAUUACGAGAAGGCAGAAGAAAAAUACAUAAAAGGACCAUCUGUGAGCAAAAGGGAAAGAGAAAUAUUUGAUGAAGAAAUUUUAGAAAGAAAGAAGCGGGAGACUGAACUAGUGUCUGAAGAGAGCAAAUAAGUAGUCAUAGGCACUUCCUGAGUCUACAGUGGCAUUGGAUGUAUAUAAUGGAGAAGUGGUUGCCUGUAUAAAUGUGUGAUUUUUUUUUUUUUUUUUUUACUUUUUUAUGUCAGAAUGUAAAUAGCCUUCGAAAGAUGUAACAAAUCAUAUAAUACUGCGUUGCCCUCAAAGAAGAUACAAUUGUAUGUUCAUUCCUUGCUCUAAAUUUUGCCUAGUGGGACUGCAUUUUACUUUCUUUGUUUCUGCCAUGCUGAAUUUUCUGUAAAGGACAAUUUAAAAGGCAAUGUAUAAACCUGUAGUAACACUAUGACACUGUAACUGCCAGCCAGUUAUGGUCAGCCUCUUGCUGUGCUUGAAACAAGAGUUGCCAGGAGAACAGCAAAGGUUUUGCAAAACUACAUAAUGGAACUCUUGUAUUAAAUUUUCUUUAUGGUUUUUAUUUUUUUAUUUUAUUUGUGGCCAAAUAGCUCUGACAAAGGUCAGCAGUUAUUAAACACGUGCUAGUAAAUUAUAUAGCCACGUAUUCCUUGGUAACUGUACUGCUAAUGGAUAUGCUGUCUGGAGAUCUUUGCAAAGGGUGGAUUAUUCUUACUCUACCUGUGCUU